UAAGUAGGUAAGUUCAUAGGUAUACGUAUUUAGCUUCGCGUGAUAAAGUACAACAGCAUUUCAUUUCAUUCAACCUCGAGAAAUAUAACGUGUAUAUUCCGUCAAAGCGUGGUUGGUGCAUCGCAUCGUUCGUAGGUGCUUUCAGACUUUGGAAUAAUUGUGAGUAAAACAAAUCUGCUUAACUUAAUGAAAUAAAUCUAAUUAGCUGCCAGCGACUCGACGACUACUACACUGCCCGUCAAUCCGUUCUAUAUUUAUCAUCCUCCUCCUAUCCAUUUCACAACCACACACAGCGCUCAACAAUAAAAGCAACGCUGCAUUCAAUAAAAUAAAUAAAUAUUACCCAUCCAAAGGAAUCAUCGUCACAUAAAAUCACUGUAAAUCACAACAACGACCUUGAUCCAGUCGUGCCAACUUGAAGCGUUUAUCAUGUGAGGUGGGUGAAGUCCUCGGAACAACUUUCAUCACCUUUGAUCAACUCACCACCUGACCUUUUCACCACCACAGAUGAUGUUCUUCUCAAGAAGAUAGUGCUGUUGUUUUAUGGAGUUAAAAGAUAGUGGUGGUGGUGGUGUUGGACAUGUGAGGAAAUUCCGUCUCACAAGAUGCACACUUACGAAUUUAUGUACGUAUGGUGAGCUAAUAAUGUGAAAAUUUCCAAAUAAAAUAUUCGCAAUAAUAAGGUAAUUCUGGGCAAAUCCUCUCCUGUAAAUAUGCCCCAUUAAAUACGUUAUCAUCAUGAUCUUCUUGAUGACCAUCAUCAUCAUCAUCAUUGGUUGGUAAAAGUUGAGUGUUGUUGAGCUAGCACACGCAUGGAAAGCAAGAAGGUCGUGGAGAAGGAGGAAGGAGGAGAGUGUUGUUUUAUGAAUGCAUGCUAACAGGAAAGCUAGUAAAAGUGUAGUAAUGUUCAAACGUUCAUCCGUAAAAACAAAGGCUUCAUUGCAGAUAUUGGAAGGAAAUGGUUUAUUCUUCUCACUCGAAAAACAUGCUGCGAAGCUCUCUCUCCUGCUCGAAAGUGAUGCAUCACAAUGUUUAUUUGAAUGACGCUAAAUGCAAACUUAACUCUUCACAAAUUGCGUUGCUACCAACCUCAUUUUUCCUUCUUCUUCCAUCCUGGUUUACACAAGGAACUCUGAUUUUUCCAGAAAUAAAGCCCCAUCAUAAGAGGAAUAUUCAUAAACGGAGGAGAUAGAACAGAGACCGUGGUCUUCUCUCUCUCAUUUUUCCUCGAAAUAUAUGGGUGGAAAUUGUAGAUUGUAGUGAUUUCACAUUAGAGCACAAUAAAGGAAUACGUGUGUCUUUAGAGAUGGGAAAUAUUAGCCUAGGUUGCGACUCUAGCUUUCGUUGAGAGUGUUCAAAUUGGGGCAAAAAGUAGAUAUACGGCCGGACGGAUCCGUGUUGGUGGAUGCCAUGAUAAAAAAGAGACAGAAUGCGAGCACGAAGGAAAGAAAGCAAGCGAGGCAGGAGUGACAAAGGUUUUCUUUACGACCAACAAAACAAACCUUACCAGCUUUCACUCUGGAGAAAGCCGGAUGCACGGCCGGCAAGGAGAAGUAUCUAACUGCUGCAUGUCAUCAUGACAUUCUUCAUCUACCUGUGUGCCGUAUAUUGCGAUGUGGUGAGAUACAUACGUUCGGAGUCACUUAACCAAACUGGGACAUAACUACUACUCCUCCUCCUCCUCUCUGCCAUGGACAUACAUAUGUAUGUAGAUAGGCACCCACAUGUAUACGUAGGGAGAAUUUGCAAUUCUGCUUCUCUGCGUGUGAUUAGCAUUAAGCAGAUGCAGUACGGAGCUCUAGAGCUGAGACAUUAACAGGAGGUCUUACAAGUUGAGGUUGAUGGACGAGCCGAAACGGAUUUGUUCUCUCUUUUCGUCUUUGCCCAUCAGCUUCUUGAUGAUGCUUCGUAGUGAUGAUGAUGAUGAUGAUGAGUGCAAAACUGUAAAGGUUGCUGGUUGCUGAAUGAUGAUGACGGAGAGAGAGGGAGGGAAUAGCAUGGUCGCAAUUCACCACACCCAACGGGAAGAAAAGUGCAUGUGUGUAAGUGGAAAGAAAGGGUAAUAAGACGAGCGAGGUGAGGUUGUUUUGCUGGACGAUGAUAAGCUGAGUAGUUAUCCAUUGGACUGAUUGUAAAUAGAGGUUGAUGAGGAGAAAGUGUGCCGAGGUGGGUGGCGUGGCGUGUGUACAAUUUGGUGGAAUGAUACUUUAUGAGAUGAUACUUAUAACUGGGUAGUGGAUGCUCCGAAAAGACCGAAUUCGGGUUUAGCUUAUCCAUCCAUAUGCAUGUACAUAUGUAUGUCAAUUGGGCAUGUGGUAUAGGAGUGGGCUAAUAGUGACUUCCAAGGAGAAAGGAUCAAGAAUAAUAACAAGAGUUGAGCAUGGUGUGAUAGUAUUUGGUUGGGCAAGGAGAAGAUAGCGGUGGACGGACGGAUGGAUGGAUGGAUGAGUUGGCUGCCUAUUUUCCAUUCUUCUACACCAUGUCAGUCAGUCAGUUAAAGACGGUUAAGUAGCAUCUCGGGAAAAGUUGUUCAGAGCAUUUUCAAACUGAUGGUUCAGUUCAGUCGAGUAAUCGGGGGGACGAGGUUGCGCUGAGCGAGAGAUAUUCCGCUUCUUGAAAGUCACCCAAUAUUUUCUUCCAUGUGCUUUAGUUGGCAGUAGUUUGCUCCAUCCAGACCAGAUUCAUUCUUCCUUCCGUCUCGUACUUAUGUAUUAGUCUCAGAGAGUCAGAGUCUCACAAUCUGGCCGAGAAAAUACACUGCAACCCGUCACGCUAUCCCAUUCGCCUGCUUGUCUGUCAUCCUGGUUUCAUCUCCGUCCUCGUCCAUCCACCAACCAACCAACUAAGCCAGCAGCUGACCAGUUUAUCCUCCAAAAACAACAUUCCUUAAUCCAUUCAUUAAUCCAGUAAUUUCUUCGUCACCUUGCUUGACCCUUGUCUCUCUCGGUACGAGGACCCCCAUCAAUCCAUCCAUUCAUCCAUCCAUCAAUCUACGGGCACAGGUACGCGUCACAUUCUUUCUCAUAUUCCCAGCAUAAUAGCAGACGCAACCAACUUGUUGCAACCCGUUUGAACACCUUCUUCUUCUUCGUAUCGAAUCCCUCACACACUUCCGGCAGAAGAAAGGGAGAAGAAAUACAUAGCAAAACUUUCCCCAAGUUCAACUUGAGACUUUGAUCAUCUCGCAUGAAAAGAUAAACAAGAACGGACAAAGGAAGGGCACGCGUGAGAUCAGAAGAGAGAUUGCUGCUAGACGUGUCACAGACUCUACUCCUGAGAGCUUAAGUACUCAUGAUGACUUUCCCUCCCUCCGGGUUGUGGAUACCACUGUGAACUACUUACUUUGCUAAUAUUGUACAACGUACAACAAUUGGAAGGAAAAAGUUCAUACAUCUACAUAUCUCCGCUACAAGACCAAAAUCCACUAUUUCCCCUACUUGUGUGCCAUUAUAAAUGGAUUCCAAGCCACUCAACCUGUUCGAGAUGAUGUCCCCUAAUCCCCCAAUUGCCGGUACUCCAAUCACAAGUCACCCCAACCUACGUCCUAACCCCGGAUCGGACACUCCAAGCCGUAUUAAUCACCCAGAAUACCCUCAACCUGACCAGCAGCAGAAACCCAAUCCGCCAACUGACCCCACAACCGUCGAUCCAUCACUCCCACCGCCUCCGCAGACGUCCACAGUUGUUGAAUCGUUUAAUGAGCUGAAGAAGUUUCACUGGGAUAAACUUUCUCCAGAAGAAUUUCAACAACUUCAUGAUUUGGCAUCGUAUUGUAACAACAACAUUCGCAGCGUCAUCGCAGAGUUAUGCGAAGAUGGGAUACUGCCAGACUGUCAGGCUGACGAGCAAAUUGGAUACUCUGGGUUCAAACUGCUAAUGGACACAUAUCUGGAAGUGGACACACCGGAUGAGCUCUGUCGACAUUUAUUUCUCUCAUUCAUCAAGCGACCCAAGAAGUCGUCGUCAACGACACCGACAGAUGCUGCCAUCCCACAAAACGGUUGCAGCAACCCCCCUCCUGCUGAAGGUGGAACAACAUUGAUACAGGAAAUGGCAGUUAGCAGCACAACGACGGCCGCCGCAGCGAUUACACCGCUUAGUGCCGGCUCUCUGACGAACCUUGUGACCACCAAUUCUGUCCAACUGAACGACUCUGCCACGGUGGAGAAACGCCACAAUCUGCUUGUCGACAGGUUGAACGAGCUCCCAGAAAAGUACCACCACCGCAGAGACAGCCAGUUGCACUUGGACUUGGAGAUGAUGGAGAGCAGUCCCAUCAAAUCGGGUGCAGAUGCAGAUACCCCCGGAGAGGAUGAGUCCGGGGCACUUACGCCGAUCGACAUAGAUACGGCGACGAUCCCCAUAAAAGAUGUGAUUUGCUAUCUCUCUCUGAUGGAGGGUGCCCGGCCCGAGGACAAGUUGGAGUUCAUGUUUCAUCUCUACGAUGCGGAUGGAAAUGGUGUUUUGGACACUCAGGAGAUGGUGGCCAUCGUGAACCAAAUGAUGAAAGUGGCAGACUACUUGGGCUGGGAUGUGACCGAGUUGAGGCCGAUUCUAACUGACUUGAUGGUAGAAAUUGACUACGACUCGAAUGGAUAUGUAACUUUGGUCGAGUGGAAACGAGGCGGACUGACCAACAUUCCACUUCUCGUUCUUCUCGGACUGGAUCAAAACGUGAAGGAAGAUGGGAACCAUUUGUGGGACCUAAAGCACUUUAAUAGACCAAUCUAUUGCAACUUGUGCUUGGAAAUGUUGGCCAGUGGUGGCGUGGGAAAAAAAGGGCUUUGUUGCGUCCUUUGCAAGUACACAGCCCACGAGCGGUGUGUUCAGAAGGCUCCCACAAAUUGCAUCACCACCUACGUCAAGUCCAAGAAGGAACAAGUCAUGACUCAUCACUGGACACCCGGCAAUUGUGCCGGAAAGUGCUCAAAAUGCAAGAAACCUAUGAGGAUUUUUAACGGGGCUGCUGGACAGCACUGCCGUUGGUGCCAAAUGACGGUGCAUGAUGAAUGUAAAAGUCUGGUCAAACUGGAAUGCUCGUUGGGGGAACUGAAAUGUCAUAUCGUUCCACCAACUGCCAUUUACCCCGUGGUGCUGGAUAGACAGCGUUCCUUUACUCGGGAGGGUCGCUCAAUAUCUGGUCUCUCCAGAGGCUCCGACAAUGGGGGAGAGUCGUCCAGUUCUCAAGCAGGAGGUUCUGGAGAUCCUCCAGCCCCGUCGGGUGAUGGACCGCUGUCAUUCCAAAUUACGCCACCUGAAGGCACGAGACCACUUUUGGUUUUCAUCAAUCCCAAAAGUGGGGGACAGCAGGGUCCACGACUCUUCCGAAAAUUCCAGUAUUUGCUUAACCCUCGGCAGGUUUACGACAUCAGUUGCGGGGGUCCAUCAAAAGCUUUGCAAAUGUUUAAAGAUGUAAACAAUUUACGCGUGCUGUGCUGUGGAGGUGAUGGCACUGUUGGGUGGUUGUUGGACAGCAUGGAUAAGAUAAAAUACCAAACCCAACCCCCCGUGGGUGUACUUCCCCUGGGAACAGGGAAUGACUUGGCGAGGUGCUUGAAAUGGGGUGGAGGUUAUGAAGGCGAGUCUUUGAAGAAAGUCUUGAAGAAAAUUGAGAGGUCCAAUUCUGUGAUGAUGGACCGUUGGGAAAUCUCGCUUUCUGACGUUGCUCCGACGGAAACGGAGCCUCAAGGAGAUCCAAUGCCCUACAACAUUAUCAACAACUACUUCUCCGUGGGAGUUGAUGCCGCUAUUUGUGUAAAAUUUCACUUGGAGAGAGAAAAAAAUCCGCACAAAUUCAACUCUCGAAUGCGAAAUAAAAUGUGGUACUUUGAGUUCGGGAUGACUGAGCAGUUCUCAUCCUCAUGUAAAAACCUCCAUCAAGAGUUGGAGAUUGAAUGCGACGGCGUUUCUCUCGAGUUGGAUCGGGGUCCUGCUCUUCAGGGACUAGCACUGCUUAACAUUCCUUACACUCACGGCGGAACAAAUAUGUGGGGUGAUCAUUUAUCACGGCGAAGAGUCAAAAGACAAUUCAAGAAGAAGCGAGACAACAGCAGUUCCCCUGUUGCUAAUUUGUCAACCGCUUUUCAAGACAUUGGGGACAAAUUGAUUGAGGUGAUUGGUCUUGAAAACUGUCUGCACAUGGGGCAAGUCAGAACUGGGCUGCGAUCGUCAGGUCGCCGACUAGCUCAAUGCUCAACCGUGGUCAUUAGGACAAAGAAACGACUCCCCAUGCAAAUUGAUGGAGAACCUUGGAUGCAAUCACCAUGUUCUGUGCGUAUUCUCUAAUAUUUUACUAUUUUAUUAGUUUGCUUAAACAAAAUGAAAGCAAUUUUGAGUCUCGUAUAAAUUUCUAUAACAAAAUUUGACCAUUUUCUUUCCUCCGCAGCUGACCGUGAGUCAUAAGAACCAAGUACCAAUGCUGAUGGGGCCCACAACGGAUGGAAUGUUCUCAUUCUUUAAGAUCUAAGUUCCCCAAAAACUGGAGCAGCUCAUACAAAUUAAAUACAUGACCUCUACAAAAUUAUACUUAUAAAUUAUAUUUUCAAU